ACUUGUCACAACGAAAUACCCAGCUUGUGACUUUAUUUAAUUUAAUUUGUGCAAAUUUUUGGCUGGUUUAAUUUUAAUUUUUAGUAAACUAGACAUUAUUUACAUACGCGAGACACGAAGUAUGAUGGACUGUUAGGAAGAUCGAAAAGUAAUAAAGAAACGGCGAAUGCGUUUUUGAAUGAUACAAAAUAUAAGAAGUGAAAUUUGAACUACGAUUUAAUGAAAUUGAUUACCCAGUAGUGCAUCCAAUGGAGUUGUUCAAAAGUGGAUUUAAAACUGUGUUGGGUGGGGGCGGUGAGCAGAAAAGUACUGGACAAGAUGCCACAGGAGCAGAAACGGUCGAAAGGUUGGUGGAACGUUUAAUUACGUCUACACUACUCGAUGACCGUCGAGACGCUUGCCGGGCGCUCAAGUCCCUGUCACGCAAGUAUAGAGUUGAAGUUGGGGCGCAAGGAAUGGAUGCCAUUCUCAACUUGCUAGGCUUGGACAGAGUCGACACGGAAAUUAUGACCUACGCUGUAGAGUGUCUCCUCAAUGUCACCUCCCCAGAGUUACUGGAUGACGAGGACCCCAACGUGAAAGGAAUUGGGGAACAGUUCACCGAAAUUAUUUCCAAGAAGCCAGAAAACAUAGCCAACUUACUUUUACUUCUUGAAGAAUACGACUAUAAAAUUAGAGUUCCUUUAAUUAGGCUAAUGACAAACUUGCUGACCAAUAGACCGAAAGAUGUGCAAGAGAUUUUACUUGUUAGUCCAAUGGGCAUUUCCAAGAUCAUGGAUCUUCUCAGUGAUUCCAGAGAAUUUAUUCGCAAUGAGUCUAUUCUUCUACUGAUUGCUCUAACCCGGAAUAAUGCUAGUAUCCAAAAAAUUAUUGCAUUUGAAAAUGGUUUCGAUCGGAUUUUGCAAAUAAUUCAAGAGGAGGGCUACUCGGAUGGAGGCCCUGUGGUGGAAGAUUGCUUAUCAUUGUUUCUGAACCUUUUGAAAAAUAACACUAGUAAUCAAACUUUUUUCCGUGAAGGGAAUUAUGUCAAGAAGUUGGUUCCCUUCUUCAAGCUUCCCGAUGAUCCAGAAUUGGGCUGGCCAACACAAAAAGUUUCAAAUUUUUAUCACAUGUUGUUUGUUGUACGAAGGCUCGUUUCACCACUGAAUCCUAGCCAUGUUACUCAAGCGUGCCAAAAAUCUCUGAAGGCUUGUGGAAUUUUAGAGUGCCUCUGCAAUAUCAUCUUGGCGAACGGAAUACCGUCGGAAACAUUAACUGAAGCAAUCGCGACUGUUGCAGAGGCAAUGCGAGGUGGCAGAGAUAAUCAAGAAUAUUUUGGAAAAGUAGAAGCACCUUCAGAUCCUCCAAGGCCCGUUUUAGUCAUUCUACUAAUGACACUGGUUAACGAACGUCAGCCAUUGUCCCUUCGAUGCACGGUCCUGUAUUGUAUUCAAUGCUACUUGUUUAAAAAUGAAAAAGGUCAAAAUGAUGUUGUCAAAACCUUGCUCCCAGCGUCUACAGAAGCCUCACCUGGAACAGUCACAUCAGGUCAGCUUCUCUGUACUGGCCUUUUUAGCAGGGAACUAACCAACAAUUGGUUUUCGGCCAUAUCGUUAAGUCACGCGUUGCUUGACAGUCCAACGCAAAGGGAGAAUCUGCUGAAAGUUCAACUUGCAACAAAGGCAAACACUCCAGCGUCUACACUUAUGAACCAUCUUAUUCUAGUUCUACAGCAGAGUACGAAAUGGCAGAUGAAAAUUGGCCUCUUACAGUUUAUUUCAUUAUGGUUAGAGAAUUCACAACCAGCAAUCACACAUUUUCUCUCUAAUCCAAACUCUGUACCAUUUUUAAUCAACCAGAUAACAUCUCCCGAGUCAGAUGAAAAGGAAGCUCUUGUGAAAGGAGUAUCUGCAUUCGUUAUUGGUUUAUGCUUGUAUUUUAAUCCAAACACAGUGGCGGCAUAUUCUAAGGACAAUUUGAUCCAACUGAUUAAUAACAGGAUACGAAUGGAAACAUUAACUGAUGGUUUAGGGCAAAUUUCAAAAUCAGACUUGUACUUACAUUCCCUAAAGCACCCACAACUGCUUGCCAAACACUCUUCUGACUUGGUUUUUGAUCACUCAUUCUGCAUGGUCUUCAAGAAGUAUGAAUCGCUUAUCGUGCUCCAGCUUAGUGAGCCCAACAACCCGCACCAUUCGCAUGAAAACUCUAGAUCAGACAUUAACAGCAUGGGUCACAUGGUCAACAAUCAUCAAUCCCCAAACGAUGUGAUAAGUCGUUAUAAAGAAGUCAUUAGGACUCAAGACGAGACUAUUGAAGGGUGCAAGCAAGAAAUUGGGGAGCUAAAAGACAAAAAUCAGGAGUUUCAGGGAAAAAUUGAAGAAAUGCUAACUGAAGUCAACCAGCUGAAAAGUCAAUUGGCCUUAGCACAAGCACACAGAGAAACCUUUGAACUGAAUCAACAAAAUAAUAGAGCUAACAUUUCAAUUGAAGACCAUAACGCUGCAAUUGCUCAGAAAGAUUACCUAAUUCAACAGUUGCAAUAUAGAGUUCACGAAUUGGAACAGUCACUUAGUACGUCCACAAAAAAUCCGAUACAAGAGGAAUUGACUAUUAAAUUGGAAGAGGAAAAUAAAGUGAUGGUUGAAGAACUUGAUAAGAUGAAAAAGGACCAAGACGAACUUUUGGAAUUACUUACGGAACAGGACAAUAAAAUUGCCACUUUAAAAACAACGCUUCGUCAGAAUGGGAUACCGGUUGAAGAUGACCAAGAUGAUAUUUUAGACGAGCAUGAGACGAACGGACAUGGCAGUGGCGAUCUAGGAGAAAGCCUGUUAUAGUGACGAAAUUUUAAAUACCCAAAUUAAUCAUGUAUGGAGAAUCACACCAAUGCAUAAUAUCGAUUUGCGAAUUGCAAGGAGUCUUCCGACUUGUUUUAUCGUGAUGAUUACAUUUUAAACUAGCCUUGAUUGUAUGCAAAAAACAAAUAUAUACAUGUGUAAAAUAGCAAUACUGGUGAACAAUAGAAACAAGGAUUUAUUUUUAUAAUUCGUAUAUUACUUUAUUUGUUACAUUUCUACUAUUCAUCUCUUCCCGUCCGGAUUUAUUAUAAUGAUAUUUAUACUAAUAAUAAACGCUAUGUCAAGUACCAUACAUGUAAGUAUAUCGUUACAGUCAGUAUAGCAUAGUAAUAAUAGUUUGUAGAGCUAGACGCUACGAUAGAGUUUCAGUUUCUUGUCAUAAUCUAACACGUUAAAUUAUAAUGUUAGUUAAUGAUUUUGUUCUAAAAUGAUUGCUUCAACGUUAAUAAAUGUGUUCUACAAAGA